CAUGAAGACGCGCGACUUGACAGGGGAUCGACGCGCGCUUGCCACACCCCGCAUCGCCAAUUCACGCCAACUUUUUUAAUCGGAGCAUUUGAUACAACGAACUCGGGUUCUUGAUCUCUCUCCUCUGUUCUACUAACUUACUCGUAUCCCAUAAACGGAAAUUCCUUCCCGCGACACUCGAUUGGAGCUGCUACGCAAGAUCCUCCCCGCCAUGUCCAUGCAACAGCGGCGACGACGCCUGGCCGUCCCAGAGGACGAGGACGAGGAUAUGCAGCAUGAGAAUUCCCAUGGGCCAGGCGAUGUCGACGGCGAUGGCGACGAACGGAUGGUGGAAGGGGGACAACGAGACGAAACCAGCCAGCUAAUCAAGAGCCUUGUACGCUAUGCCCUUGCCUGCGAGUACUCGCGAACGCCGAUCCGGAGAGACGGUAUCAGGGACAAGGUACUUGGUCCCAAUAGCCGAGAGUUCAGGAAGGUGUUUGCUGGAGCGCAAAAACAAUUACAGGCGACAUUUGGCAUGGAGAUGGUGGAACUGCCGACGAAAGACAGGAGUCUCCUGACGACAGAACAGAAGAGGAAAGCUGCCAAAACCCAGAGUCAAAAAGAACCCAGCUCGAAUGCAUACGUUCUCGUUUCCACGCUCCCCGAAGCUUUCACAACGCCCGCUAUUAUACCCCCGUCCAAGGUCGAGUCCGCUGAGGGCGAGGCUUCUUACAUCGCUCUCUACACCACCAUCAUCGCCAUAAUCACGCUCAGCGGCGGAGAGCUCAGCGACCCGCGCCUUCGAAGACACCUGUCGCGGCUCAACGCGCUCGAGAACAUGCCGAGCAUGAACCCGCAUAAUGAGACAUCGCCAAGCGAGAAGACGGAUACGGUCCUCCAGCGGAUGAUCAAACAAGGGUACUUGGUGCGAGUAACCGAGUCCAGGUCAAUGGGCGAUGACGACGGCACGACAUGGCACGUUGGGCCGCGCGGCAAGGUCGAGGUUGGCAAGGACGCGAUCGCAGCGUUCGUCAGGACCAUCUACGGCGGAUCCAACGAAGAGCUUGAAAGUAAGUUGCAGGUUAGCUUGAAGACUAAGGGCAGGGAACCGGGCGUGCCUGAGACUAUGGAGGAGGAAGCGGAGGCGGCGCCGCCGGACGGCGAACCCGGGCCGAGUACUCGACGCAGGGGAAGGAGACGGCAGACCGAGGCUGAAGAUGAAGACAGCGAGUGAUUCACCACGCACUGGGCUGGGAGAGCCGCUGGAGUCAGGGUAUCAUUGUGUAUUAAUCGGUCGCACUAUGGAGUUGGG